ACGACUAGAGGGAAGGAGAAGGGAUCAGGAGCGGGAGCUGAGGGGAGGGAGAGGCCGGUUCGGGUCUGGCCGCCACCGCUGCUCACCUGAGGUGUCCGGCCGGGCUGCGACUGUCCUCGGUUCCUGGGUACCGUCUGCGAGGCCCCGCAGAGCCAGCGUGGGAGGGCCGCAGGCGGCGGGCGCCGCAUCAUGUCAGCCAAGGACGAGCGGGCCAGGGAUAUCCUGAGAGGCUUCAAACUAAAUUGGAUGAACCUUCGGGAUGCCGAAACAGGGAAGAUACUCUGGCAAGGAACAGAAGAUCUGUCUGUCCCUGGUGUGGAACAUGAAGCCCGUGUGCCCAAGAAAAUUCUCAAGUGCAAGGCAGUGUCUCGAGAACUGAAUUUUUCUUCAGCAGAGCAAAUGGAAAAAUUCCGCCUUGAACAAAAAGUUUUUUUCAAAGGACAAUGCCUAGAAGAGUGGUUCUUCGAGUUUGGCUUUGUGAUCCCUAACUCCACAAACACCUGGCAGUCCUUGAUAGAAGCAGCGCCUGAGUCCCAGAUGAUGCCCGCCAGCGUCCUGACGGGCAACGUCAUCAUAGAGACAAAGUUCUUUGACGAUGAUCUUCUUGUCAGCACAUCCAAAGUGAGGCUUUUCUACGUUUGAGAGAACUUGUGUGCACUUCCAAGAAUCUGGAACAGGGGCAGGAGGAAGCUGUACUUGUUCCUCUGCACAUUUGAUUUUGAUACUCCAGCUGAUUCCUUCAACACAGAACCCACCUGUGGCACCAGGAAGCCAGCUCUGAAAGGCGGCCAGUCGGCUUUUCUCCCAAACCUCCAUCGUCACUGACAAGACUAAACUCCCAACCCCAGCCAAGGGCAGGGAAUAAGCCUCAACUCCUUCCUGGUGCAAACAUGGGAACAAACCCCGUACUCGGAGCCACACUGCGCCUGUCACCUGCCCUGCCUCCUCCCUUGGGCCCUAUAGGCUUUCUUUGGCCUCUGGUUUUGAAAAAAAUUUACCUUUCUGACCCAUUUAGUUUUUUUCCUACCACUUCUAUUUCAUACAUUCUCAUACCUUUAACUUGUAAAAUAGACUAUGAUAUUAUUAUUACAUAAUGUAAUGAAAGCAUUAAACUAUUCCUACAGUCUUUAGCAUGC